AUGAGUCAUUUGAAGAAGAUAUACAUGCUGAAGCGUGAUCGAGAAGAAGCGAUGUUCAGUUCGCCGAAGACGCCCUCGAAGAAGAUAGCAUAUAAGCACAUGCUUGUGUCGCCUAUUCCGUUGGCGCCUGUGCCUAUACAAUCGGUGCCACAUGUAGUAGAAGGCAAAGAGUCUUCGACAAUUGGAGACGAUUCGGUGUUUAGUGAUGGAUUCCUGCAAACUGACAUGGAUGCAGACGUUGAAUGUAGGAAAGAUGGAGCAUGCAACUUCAUAUGCAAAACUGGUGAAGGAGCGUUUUAUGAGGUUUUUGUCAAUAAGAAGGGAGAAAGCAUAAAUGAUGGAGAUGAGGAUGAGCUUGUGAUGGUCUCAAAGAAUAGGAAGUUGUGUAUUUAUGAUAUUGAUUACACAGUGGUGAAGAAGAGUAAGAAGAGAAUGUCUGGAGGGCUUGAUAGAAGAAACAGGAUGAAGGAGGUGGAGAUGUUGCGAAAGAUAAAGUCUGAGUAUAUUGUGAAGUAUCAUGAUGCAUGGGAAAAUGCAGGACAUUUGUUUAUAGAGCUUGAGUACUGUAGCAUUGGAACGUUGAGGGAUUAUAUUCAUGAGGUUUAUUUUCUGAAGAAGUCGAGGUUUUCUGGGGAGAUAGUAAAGAAGAUGGUGUAUGAAUUGGCAAGUGGGUUGAAUGCGAUCCAUGAGUGUGGAAUAGUGCAUCUUGACCUGAAACCUGAGAAUGUGCUAGUGAAGAGUGUAUUGCCUGGUGAGAUUUGUGAAGGCCGGUGUAGAUGUGAGUUUCCAGUGGAUCCAAGUGUGUUUGUUUUCAAAAUUUCUGACUUCAAUAUUAGCAGAUAUGAAGGGGAGGAUAUUGAUGAUGAUGGAGACAAGAGAUAUAUGGCGCCUGAGGUGCUCCAAGAUGUAUGCACCAAGGCGAGUGAUGUGUAUAGUCUUGGGAUGAUAUAUCUGGAGGUUCUUGCUGAGAUAAUCCUUCCUAGAAGUGGGGAUAGCUGGAUGAGGUUGCGAAGGAAUGACUUCCGUGGGAUUAAGAUUGAUAGGGUGUGUAAGUUGAUGCUUGAUAUGAAUUAUAAAAAGAGACUGAGUGCUCUGGAGGUUGCAGAAAUGUUUUUAUGA